CGCUGUCUGUGUCAUGUGACCGCAGUUUCACAUAAAAAACUCAAGUCAUAUGAUUCGUGGUUCAUUCUCCAACAUGGCGGCGCUGUCUCCACGGCUGGUUGCGGCUGUGCUGUGCCUCCUCACUGGGGUUUUAACUUUCCCUCUCGGUCCCGACAGUGAACGCUCCGCCACCUGCGGAUAUGAGUCGUGUCACGCGACCAAAGCCAACAUGCUGAAUGUUCACCUGGUCCCUCACACACAUGAUGAUGUUGGCUGGCUGAAGACCGUGGACCAGUACUUCUAUGGAGACCGCAAUGACAUCCAGCACGCCGGCGUGCAGUACAUCCUGGACUCGGUGGUGGAUCAGCUGCUGAAGAAUCCUGACCGGAGGUUUAUCUACGUGGAGACGGCCUUUUUCUACCGCUGGUGGAAGCAGCAGAGCUCCAGUAUGCAGCAGACGGUCAAACAGCUGGUAAAUGAAGGUCGUCUGGAGUUUGUGAAUGGCGGCUGGUGCAUGAGCGACGAGGCGACGACUCACUACAGCGCCGUCAUCGACCAGAUGACCAUGGGCUUGAGGUUCCUCAAUGAGACAUUUGGGGCCUGUGGACGUCCCCGCGUCGCCUGGCACAUCGACCCCUUUGGCCACGCCCGUGAACACGCCUCCAUGUUUGCACAGAUGGGAUACGACGGCCUUUUUUUCGGUCGCCUCGACUACCAAGACCGAGAUCGCAGGAUGAGGUCAAAGGAGCAGGAGCUGCUGUGGAGAGCAUCUGACAGCCUCACGCCGCCCAUGGCUGACCUCUUCACUGGGAUUCUUCCCAACGGUUACAACCCUCCUACGGGCUUCUGCUGGGACCAGUCCUGUGACGACCCACCCAUCAGAGACGACCCUGACCUGGAAGACUACAACGUCGACGAUGUGGUGAACCGUUUCCUCGUCAUCGCUAAUAGUCAGGCUAUGGUGUAUAAGACGAACCACAUCAUCAUGACCAUGGGCUCAGACUUCCAGUAUGAGAAUGCCAACCCGUGGUACAAGAACCUGGACAAGCUGAUCCUCUACGUCAACGCCAAGCAGGCGAGCGGCAGCAGAGUCAAUGUGCUCUAUUCCACCCCCUCCUGUUACCUACAGGAACUGCACAGAGCAAACUUGAGCUGGGCUUUGAAAACGGACGACUUUUUCCCUUACGCAGACGCCGCUCACGAUUUGUGGACCGGCUACUUCACAAGCCGACCGGCGCUGAAACGCUACGAGAGGAUCAGCAACAGUAACCUGCAGACGUGUAACCAGCUGGAGGUGCUCGGAGGCCCCGCCUCCAGGAAGGGACCCUUUGGAGAAGGCGACAGUCAGACCCUGAAGAAAGCCAUGGCAGUGGCUCAGCACCACGAUGCCGUGUCCGGCACAGAAAAGCAACAUGUCGCCAACGACUACGCCAGGCGGCUGGCUCACGGCUGGCAACACUGUCAGGUUGUGGUCAGUAACAGUCUCGCUGCUCUCAGCGGUUCAUCGGCAGAACGGUUCUACUGCGAUAACCUUAACAUCAGCGUGUGUCCGCUCACCGAGUCCAGCAAGAAGUUCUCGGUGGGUGUGUACAACCCUCUCGCUCGACCCGUCUCCUGGUCGGUGAGGCUGCCCGUGAACGGAACGGCGUAUGUGAUCUCUGACCCUAAAGGCAAACCUGUGGCCUGUGAGGUGGUUCCAAUGUCCAGAGCCACGCGGGGGUUGAGGAGGAGCCGCGGGUUCGCUGUCAACGAGCUUGUGUUCCAGGUUCAGGCUCCUCCUCUGGGCUACAGCACCUACUCUGUGUCCCUGCUCCAGGACGGGCCUCCGCCUGCUCCCACACACCGCCGCACUCCCACAGCCAUCCAGAACAAGUUCCUAAGAGUUACCUUUGACCCAGACACCGGCCUCUUGAGUAGCCUCAGCAACCUGGAGACCGAGCAGAGCAUCAAACUGACGCAGAAUUUCUACUGGUACAACGCCAGCGACGGCAACAACGCCGAGAGCAACCAGCCGUCGGGAGCCUACAUUUUCAGGCCCAACUCGUCCACGCCGUUCAUCGUCAGUGAGUUUGCUAAGACGGAGACUGUGCAGACGUCAGUGGUGCAGGAGGUGAGGCAGUGGUUCGCUCCCUGGGUGUCUCAGGUGGUUCGUCUCUACGCUGACAGCAGAGCUCUGGAGCUGGAGUGGACGGUCGGACCUCUGCCCAUAGAUGACAGCCUGGGGAAGGAGGUGAUCACUCGUCUGGACACCAGUAUUAAAAGUUCAGAAUUCUUCUACACCGACUCCAACGGCAGAGAGAUGCUGCAGAGGAAGAAAGACUUUAGACCCACAUGGAACCUGAAGCAGACAGAGCCCAUCGCUGGAAACUACUACCCCAUCAACUCCCGUGCAUUCAUCAAGGACGACGUGGAUCAGCUCACCGUGGUGACCGACCGCUCGCAGGGAGGAGGAAGCAUCCACAACGGCUCCCUGGAAAUCAUGCUCCACCGCCGCCUGUUGUACGACGACGUGCGCGGCGUCGGCGAGCCGCUCAACGAGUCUUCCAGAAUCUUCCCCGAGGGGCUGGUGGUCCGCGGCCGCCUGCUGCUCUCCCUCGACCGCCCGCCCGCCGCCGCCGACACACACCGCCCCCUGGCGCAGGAGGUGGUACUGCAGCCGCUGCUGACGUUCACUCACGGAGACCCGAGCCCGAACACUCGACUGGAGUUCUCAGGUCUCCAGGCUGCACUGCCCCCUGCUGUCCACCUCCUGACACUGACGCAGUGGGACCCAGACACAGUCCUGCUGAGGCUGGAGCAUCAGUUCCAGAGUCAGGAGAGCAAAGUCAACUCACAGCCAGUCACCGUCAACCUGCAGAAGCUGUUUUCCACUCUGGACGUCCUGGGCGUGUCUGAGCUGAACCUGUCGGCCAAUCAGUGGAGAGAUGAGAUGACGCGUUUGGCGUGGACGCCACAGACGGAUAAAAAGACGUCUCCACCGCUGAAGACGUUCAGAGGCCACUCCUCCACGUGGGAGGUGACGCUGAAGCCGAUGGAGAUCAGAACGUUCCUGCUCAGAGUCAGCGUCAGAUAGACGAUCGCACUCGCUGAACUUUGAGACGGCACAAAAGAAUCAGUGAUUUUCCUGUGGCCUUCCUCCUCCUCUUCCUCCUCUUCUUCUUCUUCUUCUCGGGUUUGAUUGGACUCAGAGUUGUUGUUUGGUUUUUUUUCUGUUUGACGCUGAAGAAAAGAAUGUAAAGUAUUUUCUUCUUGUGGAAAACUUAGAUUUUUUUGUUCUCCUGCCAUGAAAUCAGAUCACUGAGCUGUGGCCUGACGUAGCCGAGGCUGGAACGAUGACGCAAUCAAGGUAAAAAAAAAAAAGUGGUGGUGGUGUCACUCGGUUGCCAGGUUUGUACAAAAGUGUUUUUUAAAAGACAAAAUUGUAGCGUCAACUCCUCAAUAUUUGAGGAAUGCAUCUCUAAUCAGACACACAGACCAUGCUCCUCUUCAGGUGUCACAUUAAAGUCGACGUCAGCUGCUGCAAGUUUCACACGGAGUGGAUUUAUAACAUUAAGGAUUAUUUUUAUUCGUGGGUCAAAUUUCAUUUCAGGUUUCCACUUGGUUCCUCAACACCAGGGUUCUGCAAUCUGUGGCUCUUCAAAAAAUGUUUAUCUUUUAUUGUCUUUCUUUCAAAGUAAACUUGAGGCGAUAAAAUGAAAGUGGUUUAGUAUUUGUCCACUAAAAUGUGACAUUGAAAACGUCCCAGAACCCAAACAGGGAGACAUUUGUACAUGAAGUACACGUUAAGCAGGUUUGCUACUUUUGAGAUUUCAUAAAUACAAGUUUUAUACAUAGUAUAUCUAUAUAAAGCUUUAUACCUGAUUUUUUUUUUUAAAGGUUUUUGUGGCUCCAGGUUACAUUUAUUUGGAUGGAGAAGGGACAAAAAUGUCUCUCUUAAUCCUAAAGGCUGCAGAUCCCUGCUCUACACUGACAACACAUCCAUGUGUACAGAGGUAAAUGUGGUUCAAAUAUUUUUAUUGCAUUUGAAUCUCUCAGGAUGGAUGUCUGAACAGACUCCGCCUCUUCGGAUUCUCAUUUUGAACGUAUUUGCUGAAGCUGCCUUUUUCUUUUUACUUUUAUACACUUUUAAAAAUGGACAAGAAUCUUUUUUCACAUUCUGUAAAUUCCUCUGCCGACAUGUGAUUAUAUCUGCAAAUAAUUUUUAUACUGACGCUCGAGCAGCUCGUGAUUAAAUCUGUCUUUGUUUA